AUGGUGGGCUACCCCGAGGCCCUCACCGACCCCUCCUACAAGGCGCAGAUCCUGGUGCUCACCUACCCGCUCGUCGGAAACUACGGGGUCCCCCGGGACGAGACCGACCCCUUCGGCCUCAGCAGGUGGUUCGAGUCCAGCAAGAUCCACGUGGCUGCGCUGGUGGUGGGCGAGUGCUCGGAGACCCCCAGCCACUGGAGUGUGUCCCGCUCCCUCGACCAGUGGCUGAAGGAGCAGAACAUCCCUGGGCUGGAAGGCGUGGAUACUCGGGCCCUAACGAAGAAGAUCCGUGAGAAGGGGACGCUGCUGGGGAAGCUGGUGCCAGAUGGGACCCCUGAGAAAAGCCUCGCCUUUGAAGACCCCAACAAGCGGCACCUGGUACAGGAGGUGUCGCUGAAGACACCCUGCGUGUUCAACGCCAGUGGGUCACUGCGCAUCACGGCAGUUGACUGCGGCCUCAAGUACAACCAGGUGCGGUGCCUGUGCGAGCGGGGGGCGGCUGUCACCGUGGUACCCUGGGACCACCCACUGGACACUGCAGACUUUGAUGGGCUGUUCAUCAGCAACGGCCCCGGGGACCCGCAGCUCUGCCAGGAGACAGUGUCCAACCUGCAACGGGUGCUGGACGCACCCCAGCCCAAACCCAUCUUUGGGAUCUGCCUGGGGCACCAGCUGCUCUCCCUGGCCCUCGGCGCCCGCACGUACAAGAUGAAGUAUGGGAACCGUGGGCACAACCAGCCGUGCCUGCAUGAGGACACACGGCGCUGCUUCAUCACAGCACAGAACCACGGCUUCGCAGUGGAGGCGGGCAGCCUGCCACCUGGCUGGGCCCCACUCUUCACCAACGCCAACGAUGGCUCCAACGAGGGCCUUGUCCAUGAGCACAAGCCCUUUUUCAGCGUCCAGUUUCACCCUGAGCACCGUGCCGGCCCCACGGACCUGGAGGGGCUCUUCGACGUCUUCAUGGAGGUGGUGCGGGACCUGCGGAGCGGAGACGGCAGUGCCCGGACGGUGCGGGAGCGCCUGCGGGACUGGCUGAGCUAUGACGAGGUGCCGGUGGGGGGUCAGGAUGUGGCCCGGCCCCGCAAGGUGCUGAUCCUGGGCUCCGGUGGCCUCUCCAUUGGGCAGGCAGGCGAGUUUGACUACUCAGGCUCACAGGCCAUCAAAGCACUGAAGGAGGAGAACAUCCAGACGGUGCUGAUCAACCCCAACAUCGCCACGGUGCAGACCUCCAAGGGGCUGGCAGACAAGGUCUAUUUCCUCCCCAUCACCCCGGAGUAUGUCACCCAGGUGAUCCGGAACGAGCGCCCCGAUGGGGUGCUGCUGACCUUCGGGGGGCAGACAGCCCUCAACUGCGGCGUGGAGCUCACCAAGGCAGGCGUGCUGGAGCGGUACCACGUGCGGGUGCUGGGCACCCCUGUCACUUCCAUCGAGAUGACAGAGGAUCGCAAGGUCUUUGUGGAGAAGAUGGAGGAGAUCGGGGAGCACGUGGCACCCAGCGAGGCCGCUGCCUCCCUGGAGCAGGCGCAGGCAGCAGCAGAGUCACUGGGGUACCCAGUGCUGGUGCGCUCUGCCUAUGCCCUCGGGGGUCUGGGCUCUGGCUUCGCCAACAACCGGGAGGAACUGGUGGCACUGGUGAGCCAGGCCUUCACCCACACCUCCCAGGUCCUGGUGGACAAGUCCCUGAAGGGCUGGAAGGAGAUCGAGUAUGAGGUGGUGCGGGAUGCUUACAACAACUGUGUCACGGUAUGCAACAUGGAGAACCUGGACCCACUGGGGAUCCACACGGGCGAGUCCAUCGUGGUGGCACCCAGCCAGACCCUUAACGACACCGAGUACUUCAUGCUGCGGCGCACAGCUGUGAAGGUGGUGCAGCACCUGGGCAUUGUGGGCGAGUGCAACAUCCAGUUUGCCCUGAACCCCGAGUCGGAGCAGUACUACAUCAUUGAGGUGAACGCCCGGCUCUCCCGCAGCUCGGCCCUGGCCAGCAAGGCCACCGGCUACCCCCUGGCCUAUGUGGCUGCCAAGCUGGCCCUGGGCAUCCCCCUGCCCCUCCUCAGGAACUCUGUCACCAACUCCACCACAGCCAACUUUGAGCCCAGCCUGGACUACUGCGUGGUGAAGAUUCCGCGCUGGGACCUCAGCAAGUUCCUGCGUGUCAGCACCAAGAUUGGCAGCUCCAUGAAGAGCGUGGGGGAGGUCAUGGCCAUUGGGAGGAACUUCGAGGAGGCUUUCCAGAAAGCGCUGAGGAUGGUGGACGAGAACUGCGUGGGCUUUGACCACACUGUGAAGCUGGCCUCAGAUGUGGAGCUGGAGACACCGACAGACAAGCGGAUCUUUGUGCUGGCGGCCGCACUGCGGGAUGGCUACUCCAUCGAGCGGCUCUACAAGCUGACCAAGAUUGACCGCUGGUUCCUGCACAAGAUGAAGAACAUCACAGACCAUGCGGUGCUGCUGGAGUCCUACCGUGAGGAGCAGAGCACCAUGCCGCCCGCUGUGCUCAAGCGGGCCAAGCAGCUUGGCUUCUCUGACAAGCAGGUGGCCCUGGCUGUGCUCAGCACCGAGCUGGCUGUGCGGAAGAUGCGGCGUGACCUGAAGAUCCUGCCAGUGGUGAAGCAGAUUGACACCGUGGCAGCGGAAUGGCCGGCCCAAACCAACUACCUGUACCUGACCUACAAUGGCACCGAGCACGACCUGGCCUUCCGCGAGCCCCAUGUCAUGGUCAUCGGCUCCGGCGUCUACCGCAUUGGCAGCAGUGUUGAGUUCGACUGGUGCGCUGUUGGCUGCAUCCAGGAGCUCCGCAAGAUGGGCUUCAAGACGAUCAUGGUGAACUACAACCCCGAGACAGUGAGCACUGACUAUGACAUGUGCGACCGCCUCUACUUUGAUGAGAUCUCCUUUGAGGUGGUGAUGGACAUCUAUGAGCUGGAGAAUCCUGAGGGUGUGAUCCUGUCCAUGGGUGGGCAGCUGCCCAACAACAUCGCCAUGGCCCUGCACCGGCAGCAAUGCCGCAUCCUGGGCACCUCCCCGGAGGCUAUCGACUCAGCCGAGAACCGCUUCAAGUUCUCCCGCCUGCUUGACUCCAUUGGCAUCAGCCAGCCCCUCUGGAAGGAGCUCUCUGACAUGGAGUCGGCCAAGCACUUCUGCUGCAAGGUGGGGUACCCCUGCGUCGUGCGCCCCUCCUACGUGCUGAGCGGCGCUGCCAUGAAUGUGGCCUACUCGGAUAGUGACCUGGAGAAGUUCCUGAGCAAUGCCGUGGCUGUGUCCAAGGAGCAGCCCGUCGUCAUCUCCAAGUUCAUCCAGGAGGCCAAGGAGAUCGAUGUGGAUGCGGUGGCCUGUGAUGGUGUGGUGGUGGCCAUCGCCAUCUCGGAGCAUGUGGAGAACGCUGGGGUGCACUCGGGUGAUGCCACGCUGGUGACGCCACCCCAGGACAUCACCUCUAAGACACUGGAGCGCAUCAAGGCCAUCGUCCAUGCCGUCGGGCAGGAGCUGCAGGUCACGGGGCCCUUCAACCUGCAGCUCAUUGCCAAGGAUGACCAGCUGAAGGUGAUCGAGUGCAACGUCCGGGUCUCCCGCUCCUUUCCCUUUGUCUCCAAGACCCUGGGGGUGGACCUGGUGGCUCUGGCUAGCCAAGUGAUCAUGGGAGAGGACGUGGAGCCUGUGGGUCUAAUGACAGGCACGGGCAUCGUUGGUGUCAAGGUGCCCCAGUUCUCCUUCUCACGCCUGGCGGGCGCUGAUGUGGUGCUGGGUGUGGAGAUGACCAGCACAGGCGAGGUGGCCUGCUUUGGGGAGAACCGCUGUGAGGCUUACCUGAAGGCCAUGCUCAGCACUGGCUUCAAGAUCCCCAAGAAGAACAUCCUGCUGACCAUCGGCAGCUACAAGAACAAGAGUGAGCUGCUGCCCACGGUGCGGACCCUGGAGAGCCUUGGCUACAAGCUGUAUGCUAGCCUCGGCACUGCAGACUUCUACACUGAGCACGGCAUCAAGGUGAUGGCCGUGGACUGGCACUUUGAGGAGGCGGAUAGCAGUGAGGCCGGUGCCCGGGAGACCCAGCGGAGCAUCCUGGACUACCUGGCUGAGAACCACUUUGAGAUGGUCAUCAACCUCUCAAUGCGCAACUCGGGGGGCCGCCGGCUCUCCUCCUUUGUCACCAAGGGGUACCGCACCCGGCGCCUGGCCGUCGACUACUCUGUGCCGCUCAUCAUCGACAUCAAGUGCACUAAGCUCUUUGUGGAGGCGCUGGGCCAGAUUGGGGCAGCCCCCCCGCUGAAGAUGCACGUGGACUGCAUGACAUCCCAGAAACUCAUCCGUCUGCCAGGCCUGAUCGACGUCCAUGUCCACCUCCGUGAGCCGGGCGGCACUCACAAGGAGGACUUUGCAUCCGGCACGGCAGCCGCCCUGGCUGGGGGUGUCACCAUGGUGUGCGCCAUGCCCAACACCAACCCUGCCGUCACCGACGCCACCUCCUUUGCCCUGGCACAGAAGCUGGCUGAGGCUGGGGCCCGCUGUGACUUUGCCCUUUUCCUGGGGGCUUCCUCGGAGAACGCCAGCUCGCUGGGCCCCCUGGCCGGGGCGGCUGCCGGGCUUAAGAUGUACCUGAAUGACACCUUCUCCAGCCUGCGGAUGGACGACGUGUCGCUGUGGAUGGAGCACUUUGAGCAGUGGCCGCGGCACCUGCCCGUCGUGGCGCAUGCGGAGCGGCAGACGGUGGCCGCUGUCCUGAUGGUGGCCCAGCUGUACCAGCGUCCCGUGCACAUCUGCCAUGUGGCCCGCAGGGAGGAGAUCAUCCUCAUCAAGGCAGCCAAGCAGAAAGGGAUCCUGGUGACGUGCGAGGUAGCCCCACACCACCUCUUCUUGUGCCGGGAUGACCUGGGGCGCCUUGGGGAGGGCCGAGCAGCCGUGCGGCCAGUGCUGGGCACCCGCCAGGAUGUGGAGGCGCUCUGGGAGAACAUGGACACCAUUGACUGCUUCGCCACAGACCAUGCCCCCCACACGCUGGAGGAGAAGCAGGGGCAGGAGCCGCCCCCCGGCUACCCCGGCCUGGAGACAAUGCUGCCGCUGCUGCUGACGGCCGUCUCGGAGGGGCGGCUCACCGUGGAGGACAUCGUCCAGCGCCUCUACGAGAACCCCCGCAAGAUCUUCGGGCUACCGGCGCAGGAGGACACCUACGUGGAGGUGGACCUGGAGCAUGAGUGGAUCAUCCCCAGCCGCACAGCCUUCUCCAAGGCCCGCUGGACGCCCUUCGAGGGCAUGAAGGUGAAGGGGACGGUGCGGAGGGUGGUCCUGCGUGGGGAGGUCGCCUACAUCGAUGGGCAGGUGCUGGUGCCCCCUGGCUACGGGCAGGACGUGAAGAAAUGGCCCUCGGGAGCUACCCCUGAGCGGCCCCGGCAUGUCGUGGCAGCCAGCGAGAUGCUGCGUGGCCGAGCCUCCAGCCCCCGCCGGGCCGGCCCCGCGGGCGAGGGACGCUUCCACCUCCCGCCCCGCAUCCACCGGGCCUCCGACCCUGGGCUGCCAGCUGAGGACGCCCGUGAAAAGGCCGGCAGGAAGGCGGUGGAAGCAGAUCCAGCUGUGAUCCAGGACAGCUACUUCUACCCGCUGGGCCCUCUCCCACGCCAGGCAUCCCCCCAGGGCACACCCCACUUCCAGACCUCCCAGACCUCCCCGCUGCUGCACCCCCUCGUUGGCCAGCAUGUCCUCUCUGUCCAGCACUUCUCCAAGGACCAGAUGUCGCAUCUGUUCAAUGUGGCACACACCCUGCGCAUGCUGGUGCAGAAGGAGCGGAGCCUGGACAUCCUCAAGGGCAAGGUGAUGGCAUCCAUGUUCUAUGAGGCGAGCACGCGGACCAGCAGCUCCUUUGCGGCAGCCAUGAGCCGGUUGGGUGGCUCUGUCCUGUCCUUCUCGGAGGCCACCUCGUCAGUGCAGAAGGGCGAGUCACUGGCCGACUCCGUGCAGACCAUGUGCUGCUACGCCGACGUGCUGGUGCUGCGGCACCCCCAGCCUGGUGCCGUUGAGCUGGCUGCCAAGCACUGUCGCAAGCCUGUGAUCAAUGCCGGCGAUGGGGUGGGGGAGCACCCCACGCAGGCGCUGCUGGACAUCUUCACCAUCCGUGAGGAGCUGGGUACCGUUAACGGCAUGACGAUCACCAUGGUGGGCGACCUGAAGCACGGGCGCACGGUGCACUCCCUGGCCCGCCUGCUCACCCAGUACCGCGUCAACCUGCGCUAUGUGACCCCACCCGGCCUCCGCAUGCCCCCCGACAUCACCAGCUUCGUGGCCUCCAAGGGCAUCAAGCAGGAGGAGUUUGGGAGCAUUGAGGAGGCGCUGCCGGACACCGACGUGCUCUACAUGACCCGCAUUCAGAAGGAGCGCUUCCGCCUGGCAGAGGAGUACGAGGCUUGCUUCGGGCAGUUCAUCCUCACGCCCCACAUCAUGACCCGGGCCAAGGAGAAGAUGGUGGUGAUGCACCCCCUGCCCCGUGUCAACGAGAUCAGCGUGGAGGUGGACUCGGACCCGCGCGCCGCGUACUUCCGGCAGGCGGAGAACGGGAUGUACAUUCGGAUGGCGCUGCUGGCCACCGUCCUGGGCCGCUACUGA